UGCAAUUCCCAGCAUGCAACACGGAGCUUCCGGCUUCCGGCGUGAGGGACCGAGGAGGAAGAGAGAGCGAGAAGGAGAGAGGAUGUCUCUCUCGGACUGGCACCUUGCAGUGAAACUGGCUGACCAGCCGCUGGCCCCGAAGUCCAUUCUCCGGUUGCCAGAGACAGAGCUAGGCGAAUAUUCCUUGGGUGCCUACAGUAUAUCAUUUUUGAAGCAGCUCAUUGCUGGCAAACUGCAGGAGUCAGUCCCAGAUCCGGAGCUGAUUGAUUUAAUCUACUGUGGUCGAAAGUUGAAGGAUGACCAGACCCUUGAUUUCUAUGGCAUUCAGCCUGGGUCCACAGUCCAUGUUCUUCGAAAGUCAUGGCCUGAGCCAGAUCAGAAAGCAGAGCCUGUGGACAAAGUGGCUGCCCAGAGGGAGUUCCGGGUUUUGCACACUGCCUUGCAUAGCAGCCCUGCCUACCGAGAUGCAGUUUUUAAGAUGCUGGGGAAUAAAGAAUCAUUGGAUCAGAUCAUCGUAGCCACCCCAGGCCUCAGCAAUGAUCCCAUUGCACUGGGAGUGCUUCAGGACAAAGAUCUCUUCUCUGUCUUUGCUGAUCCCAGCAUGCUGGAUACACUGGUCCCUGCUCACCCUGCUCUAGUCAACGCCAUCAUCCUGGUUCUGCACUCAGUGGCUGGCAGCACUCCACUCCCAGUGGCAGAGAGCUCCACUCGAAACCUACCUUCUAGUUCCUACAGGGACAUGCCAGGUGGCUUCUUGUUUGAAGGACUCUCUGAUGAUGAAGAUGACUUUCAUCCAAGCACAAGGUCCACACCAUCCAGCAGCACAUCGAGCUCACGCCCAGCAUCACUGGGAUACAGUGGAGCAGCUGGCCCUCGGCCCAUCACACAGAGUGAGCUGGCCACAGCCCUGGCCCUGGCCAGCACUCCAGAGAGCAGCUCUCACACCCCUACCCCUGGGACCCAGGGCCAUUCUUCAGGCACCUCUCCAAUGUCCACUAGUGUCCAGUCAGGUACUCCUAUUACUAAUGAUCUCUUCAGUCAGGCCCUCCAGCAUGCCCUGCAGGCCUCAGGUCAGCCAAACCUUCAGAGCCAGUGGCAGCCCCAGCUACAGCAACUUCGAGACAUGGGGAUCCAUGAUGAUGAGCUGAGCCUCCGUGCCCUCCAGGCAACUGGGGGGGACAUCCAGGCAGCCCUGGAACUCAUCUUUGCUGGAGGGGCUCCUUGACUCCUUUCAGAGGCAGCAUUGCAUGGGCCAGUUGGGAUGCUAUAAAGAUAAGAUGACUGUAAAGGUCCCGGGACCAACCUAUUUCCCCAAUACACUUUAUGUGGAAACUG